GCGCGCUCUGAUGGGAGGCAGCUCGGUCUGCGUGCUGAGCGAGCCAAUCACAUUUUAGAUAAACACAAUAUUGCGUCACUGUUAUUGUGGUAGCUUGGGCUUCAGCUGCUUUCAGAGAUUUCGCCACCAUUUCGCUUACAUUUAGGCCUCUACAACUGCGUUAACGAGCAGACCCGUAAAUUAUACCAGUACAAUGUCGCUCCAGAAGGACAUUUCAUCGGACGAAAGUUUGCAAGGUUCCUGGGUUGAGCUGCAUUUUAUUGGUACUGGCUCUCAAAGUACUAGUCACCACGGAAGCCAGGAGCAAAUCCCCACCUCUCUUCAGGAGGGUGACGUGGAGAAAAUGCUGCUAGAUGCACAGCACGAGUCGGGAAAAAACAGCUCCAGAGGAAGCUCUCAAUGCAACAGCCCACGUAGAGCCCAGACCCCCCUUCUUCUGUGGAGAGGCUCAGAGGCCAACAGCUCACAGUCAGAUGAGGACUUCCAAGAAAGAAGACGGGAAGUAGAGAAUACGAUGAAGAAAAAUGCUGACUGGAUCUGGGACUGGUCUAGUCGACCUGAGAACAAUCCACCAAAGGAGUUCCUGCUGAAGUACCCUAAGCGCUCGACCUCUCUCAGCAUUAGGAACACCAGUGUCAUGAAGAAGGGAGGUGUUCUCUCUGCUGACUUCCUGAAGCUUUUCCUUCCUUCAUUAAUCAUUUCUCACAUACUCGCUGUUGGCAUAGGGAUAUAUAUUGGGAAGCGUCUUACUUCCCACCUACACACCUACUAAGUAGGAUGGUGGUGUGUUGGCAUGCCUUAAAUGGGACCUUCUGAUGAUCGAGAGAGAUGUGGCCAUGUGACACAAUCCAAUUUGAUUGAGUGCCCCGCUUAGCUCACACCAGCGUAGAGAGUUAAGGAUCUGUUAUUGCUGUUUCAUGGUGUUAACCCCAGAAGACAACAGUGACCAAACCUCUUCUCCUCGCUGUAGUCAGUAUCCCGGCCUCAAGAUGACUGUUUUGCUGCUUCCUGCUCCUUAAAUCUGCACGUUAGGGAACUAAUGUAUAUUAUAUUCCAUUGCCUUUUUUGGUUUUGUAAUGAUAAAAAAUAUGUUAAUAAUCAAUUUAUUUGAUCAGCUGUGGAUAAAGUUGACGUUUUUUUGUUGUUCAAGGGAUCAUUAGCCUAGUGUUAACUUGAUUACUUCCAUUAUUGAUUGCUCGAUUCCUGCACUUGUAUAUUGUGGUUAUGAGAAAGCAUUGUUUAGCACUGACGUGGUCCAUUUAGUUCAUUCUACACAAAAAAAGUCCGAAAUUUAUUUAUGGUCCUAAUGGAAUUAUAAACCAGUUAAUAUGUAGAAACAUGGAUUUAUCAAAGGAAAUGACCAAAUGCAGAUGAACACAAUUAAAAUUUUAUUGAACUUUGGUCAAAAUAAUAAACAAGUGAAUACAUUGCCACCAUGUUAUGAAUCAAUGGACAAAGACAAUGCAUUAUGUUUGUUUUAAUGUCAUCAGUAUAUGUUGUGUAGUCAACCUUCAUUUCUGCAUUUACAACUACGGAGAUAAGAUCCACAUUUGCAAUCUGCGGUUCAAAUUUGGGUGACAACCCUAAUAAAUGAAUAAGGGCA